ACCGCCGCACGCAGCGUCUUCGAACGCCAUCGCCGUCGCGCGCGACCGCAAAAAUGGGCACCGCCUCGGACAUCUCCUACGACAUCUCCGGCGAGGACGUGGUCGAGGUCCGCGCGACGCCGGCGACGGAGGCCGCGGCGAACCUCGAGGCCUUCAAGGCCGCCGGCAGCGCCAAGGUCGCGGCCAAGGACUGGGCGGGCGCCAUCGUCGAGUACGAGAAGUGCGUCACGGGCUACGAGGCCUGUAAGGAGACCGUGAGCUCCGACUUCGAGGCCGAGCGGUCCGCGGAGAAGUGCGCGCUCGCGAGCCUCAGCAACCAGGCCUUGUGCGCGCUCAAGCUCGAGGACUUCGAGGGCGCCAAGGCCUACUGCGGCGCGGCGUUGAAGCGCCUCAAGGAGGCGCGCGUCGUCGACGAGUCCGCCAUGGCCAAGUGCCACUUCCGCAAGGGCCAGGCCUUUUACGGCCUGGGCGACGCGCGCGGCGCCGUCGACGCCUUUAACGACGCCAUCGCGCUCGAGGAGAAGCAGCUCGACAAGUGCGCCAAGGACGACGCGAAGAAGAAGGCGGCGACCAUCGUGUCCAUGAAGCGCGAGCUCCUGAAGGCGCGCCGGGCCGCCAAGGAGCAGGCGAAGACGGCCGCGUCCAACAUGUCCGGCGCGCGCGGCUUUCUCAAGGCCGGCGCGCGCGGCACGGGCGACCCCAAGGAGGAGCGCAAGCAGCUGAUCAUCGAAAAGAUCGACUGCGCCCUCUCCUUCGUCUUCAGCGACAAGGACACCAAGGGCAAGGACGCGGAGACCGUGAUCGCCGGGGCGGGAAAAGGGUGCGACAUUCCCAACUUCAAAGUCAUCGCGCCGAACUAUGACGCGAUGAUCGACGCCCUGGUCGCCGCGCGCCACGCGGCCUGCGCGGCCAAGGACCUCUUCGGCGAGCUCGCCCUGACCUUCGCCGAGGGCUUCGUCGCCUUCCUCGCGUCGGCGCCCGAGGCCGAGGCGUCGCCGGGCCGCGCGAAAUACUACGCGCGCUGCCUCCGCGACGAGCUCGCCGAGGACACCUGCGACACGAGCCUGCUCGAGCCGCCCAUGAACAUCGGCGACGUCGCCGCGCUGGAGUGCGCGGCCCACGCCCACAUGCAGCUCGGCCGCCACGCGGAGGCGCGGCCGUUCUUCGAGAAGUUCGUCGAGUGCGCGGACGCCGCGGGGCCUCUGAUGGCCUACCACAACCUGCCCGACUCCUUCCUCCUCUCGCGGGGCAUGCAGAAGAUGGACGACAAGGCGCGGCGCGUCUCCCGCUGGAAGCACCGCGCGCACUCGCCGAGGGCGCUCUUCGACGCGCGCACCGCGCUGGCCGCCAUCUGCGCGGCGUCCCACCAGAAGUCGGCGGCCCUGGACCACAACGCCGCGGCCUUCGGCCACGCCGCCGACGACGAGGAGAAGUACACGUGCCACAAGAACGCCGCGCACCUGCUCCGCCAGGCCGCGGAGAACCCGGACGACCCGGAGAACCCGAUCCCGGCGUCGUCCGACGACCUCCAGGUCGCGCAGCACCACGACGACGAGGCCGCGGCCCUCGAGGCGAAGAUCAAGGCCAAGGGCGACGAACCCGACACGAAGACGAACAAGAUCGGCGUCGCGGGCGACGACGACGACGAAUCGGACGUCCCGGGCGACGACGACGCGCCCGAGGAGUUCGUCGGCGACGACGAGGAGCUCCCGCCCAUCGACGGCGUCGACGCGUUCGACGUGCCCAUCGACGAGCAGUAGGCCCCGCGCUUUCGUCGACUAAAAGCCCCCUGUAGCCUC